AUGCCGGUAACCGGUGUUCCGGGGGCCGGGCAGACCACACCUGGAGCUCUGCAUACAGUUCAGGCUCCAGAGAGGACGCAUUGGUCGAGGAAGACAAAGCCCGGGUUCACCAGGCGGUUCCGGGGCUUCCACGGGUUAGUCGAUCACACACAGACCAUGUGGAUAUUCCUGCAUUUCACAUGUCUAGGACUUCAAAAGAAAUUGACGAGUUCGAGAAAGAUCCUUUUCCUACUAGUUCCCAGCUGGGGACAAGGUGGAGUGAUCUUUAGAUCAGGUCAGGAUGCCCUGCAGUUAAUCGAGGGUUCGGGGCUGGUUCUUUCUGUGGGGGAGAUUGGGUUCGGAGGGGGACGGGUGAAGGGGGCCGAUUUCUUGAGCAAUGAGGCAGGUUUGAGCAAACAGCAAGAGAAGCCUCGUCACCAGAUCUUUGAGAAGGUCGAGGAACAUGUUGCCACCCAGUUGGAUGGCUGGGGCUACGAGGAGGUCCAGGGGACCAACCAGCCGUAUUCCUAUGUCCGCACCACCACCUCGGAUUCAUCCAGGAGGCAGACAUCAGUCACCAGUGCACGGGCACCCUUAAAAUCCCCACCGGACAGGAACUGGUGUGCCUUUGUGAAGUCGAGAUUGUCCACUGCCGUGAUUUCAUGUGGAGUGGAACGGUUUGUCCAAAGGCCCACAGAGCCUUGCAUCAACUGCCAGAACACGGUGUACCAGCUUGCUCUUAAACCCAUGUACAAGGUGAAGCAGAUGAUCGUCACCUCCUUAGAGUGGAGGUGUUGUCCAGGGCACAUGGGAUCCAAUUGUGAACACACAGUUCCCCAGGAGCUCAGAGCAACAUCCCUAAAGAGGGCCCCGAAGCAGGAGAAAGCGAUUGAAGAGGCCAUAACUCCAGCAGAACCCGUUCUGUCAAUCAACGGCCGGCGGAACCAGGACCCGGAGCUGCUUCAGCAACAGGACGACGUUUCUGUCUCCACUGCUGUCACUCAGGAUUUCCACCGUCUACUGAGCAGCCUGAGGAAAAUAGAUCACCCGAAGGAAAAUAAUGGCAACCAAACAGAAUUACCAGGCCUUCAGGACAUGGUAAAGUCUUAUGUUGAAAACUUCUUGAAUCAACACCUUCAUUCCUUUUGGACAAGCUUGAAUAACAGCCUACUGGUCCUGUCUGACAAGGUCUUCAAUUUGUCACAAGAUAUAGAGAUCGACAGGAGAAAUCAUAAUGAGCUGUUGAAACGUCAAAGGGGACUUGAGGAAUGGGGCAUCAAGUUAAGACUGAAACUUGAUGAAAAUAGUGAGCAGCUACAGAAAAUUGAAGACACAUUGAAAGGUCAACAACUGAGAUUUGACAAAGAACUGCAUGCUCAGAGGGUUAAUCUUGACCACAACAUGACCACAAUCAAGACAGAGACUGACCUAAAAGUCAAGCGUAGCCAGAAGAUAAUCCAGAUUAAAUCACAUCUUCUAGAUAACACAACAGCUGAAUUAAGGAAAGACCAGGACAGACUUUGGCUAGAAAUCUACGCUUUAAAUCAAAGUAUAGCAAGGACUGCCGAGCUCCACGGACCAAACUUAUGUUCAUCGUACAACUUGAAAGCUGGCCAACAAGAAAUGGGAAUGACAAAAGAGGUCUUGGAUAAACUCAGUGCCACUCUUCAGAUUCAUUCAAGCAACCUAACAAAUGUAAUGUGUGGAAUGUGUGACCCUACAUCAAAUCAGGUUGCCACUUUUCAACAAAAGUUGGAGAAGCAGGAGUCCAAUUGUGCACAAAUGGUCGCUGGCCUUAACAGAGAAAUGAAUCAAAAAUUGAAUGAGACCCAGGUAGGUUUUAUGGAAGCUGUUUUGGGACUGAAUGUUUCCUUUAACCAUCAAAGCUUUGGUCACAAUGAACUUAUUUCUAGUCUCAACAAUAAAGUUAAAGAACUGAGUCAGCUGUUGUAUGGUACGCUAGAAGAUGAGCAGCUUUGUGACUGUCAAAAAUUACUUGUGGAUUAUAGUUUGGUUAUUGAUAACCUGAGAAAUGCCAGUGACUUUAUGGACAAAAUGCACUUUGAUCUGAAUUACGUCAAGCAGCAAGAGCUAGAAUUAAGCAACAAUUUAAAUGAUUCUGUUCAAGAUCUCUUCAUGGCUUUGCAACAAAUUCGUCAACAAAUCCAGGACCUCCAGUUCUUGCAGGAAGGAAAGCAAAAUAUUUUAACUGAAGACAUCUUAAAACUUAAGAAGAAUUCCACAAUGAUUAUGAAGGAAAUUAGCUAUUUGAAAAAAUUUGAUGCUACCAUGGACUCUCACAUCAAAUACCUCAAUAGUUCAUUCAAUUCCCUUUUGGAGGAUGCUUUAAGGCACACUCUAAUUCUGCAGAGUUUGUUGGAACAAGAUAUAUUAGAGGUUACAUCUGAGGAUGCAACAAAACUUGAACUGCUGUCUAUGAGCACCUUAUAUCAAAUCCUAAAUGAGACAGAGAAAGACCUUGCGGCCCAUAAAAUAAUUUUGGAAAACAUCAACAUGAAGUUGCAGCUUCUUGAAGAAGACAGGAUGAGUGAAGAAGUAAGGAAAGUAACUGAGGCUGAAAUAGAAGAAAACUUCUUAAAAGAAAGCUCUUCAGAAAUAGAUGAUACAGAUAAUCCUGAACUCAUGGAACCAGAGCAGGAGGCAAUGAAAGAGAAAUUGGGUGAUUUACAACAUAAAACCAGUGAAAUAUCAUUCAUAGAAAAACACAUUGAGAUGUUGAAUUUGAAAUUAAUUAAAUUGGAGUCUCACUGUAAUUCCAAAGACAAUGACUAUAAUCAUAGCUUGAGACAGAUGAAGGAAGAGUUUACAAAGUCAGUGGAGACUCUGCAGUUAGAUGUAUCAUCUUUGAAGCUGCUUCUGGAAAGUCACAUCUCUGACUUUCAGAAGUUCAUUGGCAACACAGACAGGCUUUCUAACGGGACACUCCGCACAGGACGAAGUGGUUUAGGAUUAAUGCGAAUGAGAAAACAGCACAGGGAAAAUCACCAUGGGAACAGACAUCUGGGGAUUUAUCGAAAUGGUUCAGCUGUAGGCAGUGGAAAGAGAACCCCAGCUGCACAGGAAUUCCAGGCUGCAUUUUUUGUGGGACUUUCCAACAAUUCUGAAACCAGCAAGAUUUUGAAUUUUGACCAGAUCUUUCUGAAUUACGGAGAUGGCUAUUUAAAAGGAAAAGGUUAUUUCAAAGCUCCCUUCAAAGGCAUCUACAUGUUUGUGGUGACUGGCCAAGGGCUUGGUCAUGGUUAUCUUUUGGUUGAUGGCACGCAUGCAUUCACACUUCAGAGUAGCACGCAAAACCAGCAGAGCAGUGUGGUUUGGGGCUAUGCCAUCCUUGAGCUCAACAAAGGACAGCAUGUGUGGGUAGAGGUGGCUCAAGGCUUUAUGUUUCAACAGACUCAUCUGGAAACAACAUUUGGAGGAUUUCUUUUAUUUAAAACAUCUUAA